AUGGUCCUCCAGAAUUUGAUCGCUCGAGUGAGCGAUGGCCUUAUUUUGGCUACGUCAAUCGAAGGGGCGGACGAUGUAAGGUCUUUUAUAAUAUAAGAUUUCUUGAUUUAAGCCUGAUAUGGUCAAAUACACAACACAAGCCAAAAAACUGUUCAGGAAGUUGAAUACACAAGGCACCCCCAAUCCCCAGAUUGUUGAAUCUGGCCCCUAUUUAUUUUAGUAAGUUUGAUUUGUAUUACUUAUUUAUUUCUUUAGUUAUAUUGUUAAAGGAACCAUCUGUGCUCUGGCUCUUUGUGAGCGCAACUUCCCUCGGCAGUCAGCCUUUAGUUUCUUGGAAGACGUAGCCAACGAGUUUAUUGGACAAUAUGGGACUCAAAUCGAUAAAACGACGAGGCCAUAUCACUUCCUCGAAUUUGGUGAGUAAAAUGAAAGUUUUUCUAUCAAGGCAAUCGAAAAUUAAGAACUGAAUCUUUUUUCCGAAUAUAGAUACGUAUAUUCAACAAGCUAAACGGAAGUAUGGCGACAGAAAUCGGUUUGCUAUGUCCACGGUGAGUUCGGAAUUGCAAGAUGUUACCAGAAUCAUGGUGUCUAACAUUGAGGAUGUGAUUCAUCGAGGAGAAGCACUUAAUAGUGAGUAUCUGCUUUCUCUGUCCUUAUUAUUUUAGUUUUGGAAACAAGGGCCUCGGAUCUAUCAGAUCUCUCCAAGAAAUAUAGAGAAGAUGCUCGCCAAUUGAAUCGCCGGAGUGCCAUGAUCAAGAUCUUUAUGGGUAUUGGGAUUGCUGGAGCCAUUUUUCUCUUCUUGCGAUUCUUUGUGUUUUGA